AUGGACGGCGAUAGCAGGGUCGGGGAGAAGAGUUUAGGGACGGGGAGAGUCCGGACGGGGAGAGCAGGGCCGGAGAGGGACGGGGAUAGUAGGGACAGUGUCACUUUGUUGCAGCACCGCGAGUGCGAGAGCGUGGCGUCGGGCGAAAUAGAUUCCGCAUUCAUCCCACCUCACAUCCACCCAUCUCCUCAUCCCUCCCACUCUCCAUUCCACUCCCCCCGUUCCUUUUCGCCUGUCCCUUUCCGCCCGUCCCUUUCCGCCCAUCCCUUUCCGCCCAUUCUGCAUGCCAUGCUCUCCCUAUCCUCCUCCCUGCAUAUUCGUUCAUGCAACGCCGCUUGUUGCACUCCAUCCGCCCCUGUUAUCCUUCCGCAACCUUCUCCCUCCUUUCAAUUUCCUUCUCUCUCCUCCGUUCUCCCUCUUUCUCCUCCUUUCCCCCUCCUUUCUCUUCCUUUCCUCCUCUCUCCUCUUUUUCGACUCAUUCCCCUCCCUUUCCUCAAUCCUAUCUCCCCUCCUUUCAUCUUCGUUUCUCCUUCCUUUCCCCUCCCCUUUCCCCCCCGUCACCCCUCCUUUCCAAACGCCCUUCUAAUCCCCAGCCUUUCUCUUCCGUUCACCCCCUUCCCUCUCCUUUUCCCCUCAUUUUCCCUGUCCUCUCCCUCCUCCCCCUCUCCUCUCGCUGUCUCUCCCCCUCUCCCUCUCCUCCUUCUCCCUCUCUCUCUCUCCCUGUCGUUCUCCCCCUCUCUCCCUCUCCUCUCCCUGUCUCUCUAA